GUCUCAACUUUUUGUGUUUGUACGAUUGAACACUGGCAGGCAUGCCCAAAUUAUGGAGGAAAUAAUACUGAACAAAAACAUAUUUCAUGAGAAAGACUUGGCAAAACUUUCUCCAGAUUACACUCCACCAAAUACGUUAGUGCGCCUGCAGAUGAGAAGCACAAUGGUGAAAGAUACUCACGCUCAUAAAUUGAAAAGCGAUACUUGGGAGAGGAAAACAAUAAAACGAUCUAAAGAUUGUUAUAAAGUCAACAAAGAAAUUGCAAAAAUUCGUAAUGGUUUUAAGACAUUGAAUUUAAAGAAUCAAAUUAUGAUGAAAAAUGCUGUUAAGUUUAUAGAUACUUUAAAGUCAGAAGAUUUCGGAAACACUUACGAUGAAGAGUUUGAUAACACUCUAGGUCAUGACGCAGAGGCAUAUUUACAAGAAGUUUCUGAGAAUCAUGUCAGUUUGGUGGUUCAAAACGAUAGCGAUUUUAAAGUAAAGGAAAAAUUAAAAACGACGAAGGUUAAUAAUGUGUCUAACAACAAUAAGAAAGAAAACAAAACCGUGGUUCAACUAUUUAAUGAAAGAAAUAAGCAAAUUAACGAUGAAUUUGAUAUUGAGAACUUUUUGAAAAUUGAAUGUACAUUUCAUAAGCCUGAAUUAAAAACCGAAGGCACCGUAAAUAAUGAGAAUAUAGUUGACACGAAUGAUCCUGAGUAUACUUUAGACUUAAGUACGUCACGGAAAGAAAUUGAACCGGAAGUUGAAGAAUUGAAAUCCUUAUUGAUAAUGAUGGCAUUAACUCCGGCAUCCAAUGAAAAAGAUGGCGUAGUCGCUAAUAGAUCUUUAUCAGACAACAUUUAUCUACAAAAUUACACAACGAAAGGAAUUUCAAAUCAUGUUGCACCAGUCGUAAAUACUGAAAUGCAUCUACAAGAUGCCGGUAAUUGUUUCAACGUGAUACCUCUAAAAAUACAAAUUAAUGAACGGCAAAAAGUACUUGCGAAGAAAUACGUAGGAAAAUGGAAAGAUGCCGUUCUUAGAAAGAAGGAAGCUAAUUUCCAACAAAGAGCAGAAAUUUUAAAUAAGUUUUUGGAUAAGUUAGCCAAAAAGAAAGUAGAUAUGAAUGAACCUCAGGAAUCUGUUAACAAAGCAAAAUUAUUGGCUCGUGACUUCAACAAAUACAGACACAGAUAUUUAGUACAGAAACAUGUAAUUGCUCUACAGAAAGCUAAAUUGGAAGAGCAAAACAGAAUCAUAGAAGAACUUAAAUAUAACAGAAUCGUAGAGGCUACACGUCAUUCUGUAGAUGCUAUGAGAGAGGAGGUACGCAAGACCUAUUAUGAUAUGGACAAACAACUGAAACCGAAGAUAAAAUGUUUGACUAAUGAUCUGAAAAUCGAUGUUGAAGAGCCUUCGUUAGUUCUACAAUGUUUAAAGGUUCCCCAAUUUCUGCAGAGAAUGGAAAAGAGAGCGCGAGAACGUGAGGAGAAACAUGCCAUGAUACGAGAAAGGAGACAGCAGAUGGAAGAAGAUCGGAUUAGGUUAAAACAGCAGGAAGAGUUGGCUAAAGCGCAGAUGGAUAAAGAAGAAAAAAUGAAACGAAUGAAAGAGCUAAGAGACAAAAGAAAAAGAGAGAAAAUAGAUGGGAUCCGUAAGAAACAACACACUGAGAGAAUGAGGGCUCUUGCUGUGAUGGCUCAACUACACUAUGAAAAAUCCCUAUUGGCAAAAUAUGGAGUACGGCCAUUCCGGAUUCUGAUUGAGAUAAAAAGAGAUAACAUCGAAAAAUCUAGGGCUCACUACAGGUUCCAACUGAAGAAGAAUGUGUUUCUGCACUGGAUGUGGCAUACAGAAGACAUGUGGUUUGACAGGAAUUACAAAGCAGAAGACUUUUACAGGAAGAAAGUUUUACGAAGAGCUUUUAAUGCUUUGAAACAGCAUUAUCAUAAUUACGUACUCAAAAAACAAGUCGCAGAAGACUACUAUGACUUGUUCGUAACAAAUUUGGUCUUCAAAAAAUUCCGCAGAGCAAUAAAUAUAGUUAAAGAAGAGAAUGAAAGGAAAUUUCGAAAAGCCGUUAUGUAUCACAAUUGUGACAUCCUCUUCAAGACUUUUACAUGUUGGAGAAGUUUGCCAGCUUUGAACACACUGAGAAGAGAGCAAGAAGCUCGGAAGGCGAGAUGGAGGGAGAAAGUGCUUCAGGUAGUUCCAGAUUACCUUCCACCAGAGGACUGAGCACAUACCUAUAGAGUCGAACCAUGUCUGUCAGCAUUAGCACGCUUACAAGCGCUGACGUUCGCUAUCGCCUCGUCGAUUCUCUCGCUGUUUCGCUUUAGCAAAUGACGGUUCUGAGUAACAGAAAAGGAUAGAAGUAUAGGAAAGUGGGAUGAUGUGCUGACGAAUGUGAUUUGACCUAUGCUUUUAAAUAACAGCUUUAUGUUAGUCUUAGAAGUAGUUGUUUCCUCGUAUGAAA